AAAGACAGUGAGAAGGAGGGAGGGAUUGAAGAAAAAAAAGAGACCGUGUGUGUAUAUUGGGCUUUGUGCUCCAUAGCAACCCAUACAUUAGUGCUGGCCGGCUUAGUGACUGGUGGUACCCGGCUGCCCUGUGUGCCCGGGUCGUUAUCCCUUCCAAAUGCAAAUCCCGGGAGUCGAUAUCCGUGCGCAAUCCAAGCUUUAAGCUAUGCAUAAAGAAUUCAAGGGCCAGAGAAAGUUUUGAGAUCGUCUCAAAAUAAGGCUAGAGUUCAGGAGGCAAUUCCAUCCCAAUAUGAGGCAAUAUCGCCCUGGUGAAACGGUUUACAGAUGAGUUUGUGACCCCUGGGAUUAUGGAUGGUAUCAACAACAUUCUCGGAAAUUUUGGCGAUCGUAAGAAGUUCCCAAAGUCGUAAGCUUUCUUCAUGGGAUGGAAGACGUCGAUGGCCAAUCCACUACUACUCCAGGUGAAUGCCUGAGUGUAUGGCACCAGCCACAGCAACAUACCGUAGAUCAUGUCGUGCAAGAUCCAGACGGUUCUAUGAUCUACAGUGCCGUACUCAGUAAAGUUGAGGCCACUGUGUUCCUGGCUGACGCCCUACUUCGACCAGUCCCAAAGGAGGAAUGGCAGACUACCUAUAGAGGAAAUAGGCAACGGGCGUUGUGUUCACACAACAGCAUCACCGUCCCUGUUGUUGUUCCCAGCCUGCGCGUCCUGUCGGAUAUCUCUAGUAGUGACUAAGGUCGGGCGGGAGUACUCCGUAAGACACCGGCGGCACCUGCUGUUUAUCAUUCUUUGUCUGCAAGCUGCACUUGAUGCAUGGUGCCUUAUCCGGUGCUUCUAAGCCGCUGUUUGACGUGAUGCAGCUGCGUCCAGUAGCGUCCUUCCAUCCCCGUUGGCUUCUAGUCAGCAAUCGAUCAUUGUGUGUCGGCACUUUCGCAGGUCAGGAGAGCAGUCGACAAUGGCGGGGCCGAGUAAAGGCCGUAUGGGCGAUACUGUUUCUGUACGGUUCAAUUCUGUGUGUGAUUGUAAACGAGUCAACUCGGUGUAUCAAUCUCGAUUGAGC